UGUACGACGCCGUUGUCAGCUGAUAAACGAUCUCAUUUGAAUUAGUUUUAAAUUGAAAUAUUUGUAUGAAAUUAGUUAAAUUACAUACUAGAACUUAACACUCGUGUUAGAAACUAUCUACCAUGAAUUUUUCUGAUAAUGAGGCUGAUGAUACUUCGAGUGUUGAAAGUACUUCGAACACCGAUAAUACUUCACGUAGCGAAACUCCAACAAACUCUCGUGUUAAGAAACGUAGACGAGGUAAAAAGAAGACUACAAAACAAGUGAAACCACCAUACAAGUUUAACUGCAGUGCAAAAGAGGACCAUGGUCAGCCUUUAUUUGGAUGUCAGUUCAACCAUCACUUGGGUGAGGGACAGCCGCAGGUAUUUGCUGUGGUUGGCAGCAACAGAGUCUCCAUUUAUGAGUGCCCUGACUCUGGAGGCUUCAAAUUUCUUCAGUGUUAUGCUGACCCAGAUGUUGAUGAGACAUUCUACACAUGUGCAUGGUCAUAUGAAGAAGAAACCAACCUGCCUCUGCUGGCUGUCGCUGGCUCACGUGGUAUUGUACGGAUCUUCCAGCCUUCAACACAAACCUGCAUCAAACACUACAUUGGUCAUGGGCAUGCCAUCAAUGAAGUCAAAUUCCAUCCAAGAGAUCCCAACUUACUGCUAUCUGCAAGCAAGGACCAUGCAUUACGGCUGUGGAACAUCAUGACAGAUGUUUGCAUUGCUAUAUUUGGUGGUGUUGAAGGUCACAGGGAUGAGGUUCUCAGUGCAGAUUUUGAUCUCAAAGGAGAGAGAAUAAUGUCUUGUGGCAUGGACCACUCGCUCAAACUGUGGCGGCUAGACAAGCCAUCAAUGCAUGAAGCUAUAAAACAAAGCUACAGCUUCAACCCUCACAGAGCUUUAAGGCCUUUCAAUUCUUUGAAAGAACAUUUUCCAGAUUUUUCUACUAGGGACAUUCAUAGGAAUUAUGUUGACUGUGUUAGAUGGAUGGGUGAUCUCAUUUUGUCCAAAUCCUGCGAGAAUGCAAUAAUAUGCUGGAAGCCUGGUCGUCUCGAAGAUACAGAGUUACGUCCCGGCGACAACUCUGUCACUAUUGUGCACAGAUUCGACUACAAGGAGUGUGAGAUAUGGUUUAUACGAUUUGCUGUGGACUACAGUCAAAGGGUGAUAGCUUUAGGCAAUCAAUGUGGCAAGACAAUGGUAUGGGAGCUUGGCAACGUGGCCGGAGGCUCGCGUGUCUCGCAACUGGUGCAUCCUAGAUGCGUAGCUGCUGUUAGACAGGUGACGCUUUCCCGCAACGGCAAGAUCCUAUUGACCUGCUGCGACGACGGCACCAUCUGGCGGUGGGACAGAGUUUGCAGUAAUAUUUAAAUAAAUUAAAUAUACAUUAAUUUAAAUCGAAG